AUGCAACUCAAAGGCUGCCGUUUGAUAUGGCUUGCGUUUUUAUGCUGUUCAUUCGUUAGCUGGACUUUGGGAUCUGCACUACCUCCCGUCAGGAGGCAGGAUUCUCCCGCAGCACCGACCGCCAUCAACCCACCCUCAAGCACAACCAGCUCUCGUGCCAGCCUGACAACUAUACCCCCAACUGGUGCGACGAGCUCAUUGAAUGCGUCUUCAGCCACGGCAAGCAUUACCGCCACUGAUGGUAUCUACAACAUUACGAUCCCGCAGGGUGAACUGCCUCUUGACCCGAUAAUCACACCAGCAUGGGGUGUUGCCGGCGUAAUACUCUUGGGGACAGGGGCUGUGUAUGCUCUUAUCGGAAUUAAGAUUAGGGGCUUGCACACCUUCUUCUCCACUGCCUUCCUCUCAGCUCUGGGCACGUGUGUGCUGAUAGUAUACGUCAUGGUGCCACCCAUAUCCGAUGGAAUUCAGGGGGCCUACCUGGUAGCCGUUGUCCUGACCGGUGUCGCCCUCGGAGGUCUCGCCAUGGUGUUCAAAGAGAUCACAGAAGGCUUGGGCUGUCUCUUGGGCGGCGUUUGUCUCAGCAUGUGGCUGCUGACGCUCAAAGAUGGCGGUCUUUUGACCGGCAUGGGAAUUAAAGGCGGCUUCGUGGCCGCUGUCGCGCUGGGUACUUUUGCAUUCUACUUCAGUCACCACACUAGGCACUAUGCACUCAUCGCCAGCACGUCAUUUUCGGGCGCGACCGCCGUUGUUCUGGGAAUAGAUUCGUUCAGCAGAGCGGGGCUGAAGGAAUUUUGGGCUUACAUCUGGGCGCUCAACGAUCGCCUGUUCCCCCUGGGCACAGUCACAUAUCCGCUCACACGGGGCAUUCGGGUUGAGAUUGCAAUCACAAUCGUCGUCUUCCUCGCCGGGAUUGUGUCGCAACUCAAGCUCUGGCUCAUCAUCAAGCAACAUCGUGAGAAGCAGGAAGCCGAGAGGCUCGAAGCGCGUCGCAACUUGGAUGAAGAAGAGGCGCGAGUGGGGAGGCAGAUUGAGGAGGCCGCCGCAGCUGACCGGCGGGACUGGGAGGCGAUUCAUGGUGAUGUUCGAUAUCGAGAGGGAAAGACAGACUCUCCCACCAACUCAGCCAGCGGAUCGAUUAGAAAUGAAAAGGGAGUCGCAACGGUCAACCAGGUGGAUUCUACUGCCCGGUCGACGACUGUGGAGUCUACGGAGCUGGUUGAGAUUCACGGAGAAGACGAAAAGGGCUCUGCAAACCAUCUUCAGAAUGAUCCCAUGUCCAAGUCCAAUCUCACACUGGUGCACCACGAAGAAGUUGCGAAUCCAGAACCAGUGGUUGUGCCGCUCCCUUUCAACCCUCCAUUGCCCAAGGAAGGAGAAACCGGACAUGGUGAUGAUGAUGAUGAUGAUGAUGAUGAUGCAUCAUCUGUAGCAGCAUAUGCUGGGGAUGAGGAUGAGCAAGCAGACGAUGGCGGCAUCAACAACCGGACGACAUCCAGGGGAAUGCCGCAUAUCCCCAAGGGGUCCAGACGAGGAUCCCUUACCGAUACGAUGGAGCACGGUCAGAGCAGAGAGAUUCUGCUGACAAAGUCAGUCAUACAUGACGACCAAAGAAGCUCCAUCGAGGUCACCUUUGAUGACAUGAGCACAGGCGAGAUAGAAGACAGACCCACGGAAGACAAAGACGUGGAAAAGAUUGAAGCCACCGCAAGCCUGGUUAGGAAGCCGUCCAGCACUGACGUGGCCUCAGUGUUGGAGCUCGCAACGGUUGCUACUGCAGAGCUCGCAGUUACUGCUCCUUCUGAGACUGGAAAGCAUUCGACAUUGGUCGAUGCUGCGACGACGAGCAUCCCGGAUGAUGUCGACACGGCGCGAGCCAGACAAGAUGGCGAAAGCGAGAAAGGCCGUCUGCCUGAGUCUGCAGACGAGGCUGGAACGGAAAACGCUGGAGAACUUGAUGAGCCAAUCAAGUCUCCUAAAGCUCCAAAGAGGGCAGUUCUGGCAGACGAGCUGCCCCCGGCAAUGUCCAGAGUUGCCAUGUCACAUCGUACAAAUGAAUGGGCAAAGCACUUGAGUCUGGCAGAAACCCCAGCGCCCGAGGUACUGAAGUUUGAGGAUUUCGAUACGAGCGAGGCUGCCGAGCUGAAGCCUGAGGUGGAAGAGCAGCCUGCACCUGUCAACACCGAGGAGCUUCAACAGACGGCAAACAACGCAGCCCUCCCGUUGGCUAUCAGCAGGCCGUCCAGUACAUUGUCCUUCUACCAGCCUCAAACGCCGCAAGCACUGACUUCAUCACAAUCUCGGUUAUCUUGGCACCCAGAUACCCAGUUCAAAGACGGCAGUUCGACACCGGCCACCGCUGAUCAGACUUACCAGAGGACACCUUCAACAAGCCGACCGUCAGCUCCCGUCCUUGUCCCAAUACUGAAGGAGUCUCAAAGCGUACGUCCCAUGCCUACAACGACUCCGCCACCAACGUUAGAUGCGAAGAGCUUGCACCGCCAGUCAGCAUCUCCUGGUCCAAGUGUCUCGGUCACGGCACUGAACCGACAAGUGGUACCUGGCGUGGUUCCCUAUGCAAGCCCUCAAACUCUUAUAGGGCAGCGAGACGUCAUAGUCAGGCGGAAGUCUAUCUUUGGCGGCCUUCAAAGUGGUCUGAUGGAAUCCUUGCCAAUCACUCACUCUGCAAACGUCAGCGAAGCUGCCCAUCCGGCGACUUCGAUGCCGUACGCGGCGUCACCUUCGACGUCUCCGUAUUACACUCCUCCGUAUCCUACGUCUCCAGAUGACCUGCCCCUGAGCAGACGUCGUGAGCUCAUGAUGCGACAGCAAAGUCUGCUCAGCUUGUCCGGGAACGAGGUUCUUCCGAACUCACCUUACAUGAUGCCGCAGCGCAGCCAGAGCCGAGCAUCGGUCGGCAACCUUUCCUACCUCAUCGCCGCACCAGGGCCGUCGGUCAGUUCAGACGCCCUCGCAUUCGACUCGCACCAACCGCGCAGGGCAUCCAUGGCCCCAUCGCCCGAGGUGCGCGAAUCGCAGCUCGCAUACUUUCGCAACUCGCUCGCCGCCGAGAUGCGCGCCGGGCCGAUGCACGGAGGCCGCCAGUCGCCAGGCCUGAGGAACGUCGUCGGCGCCGAGGCCGACAAUGCCAACGUCGAGCUGCACCGCGGUAUAAUGCUCAACCAGCGAGACGCCGAGCUUCAGAAGCGUGACAUCGAAAACACACAGCGCUUGAGGGCCGAGUUUGCCCUGGAUGAAAGAAUGAGAAGCAGUGAGAUGCAGGAAGCGCAUCGUAAUGUCUUGAGAAAAAUGCAGGCUUCGGUCAAGGACGCUUAA